AUGGCCUCGUCCCAGGGGAGAAACGAGCUCAAAUUCGCCGACUGGAUGGCAACUCUGCCCGAGAGCAUCCACAGCAUCCCCCUCACCAAUUUAGCCAUCCCAGGGUCUCAUGAUUCCUUCAGCUUCUACAUUGAUGAAGCCUCUCCAGUAGGUCCUGAACAGCCAGAAACUGUCCAGAAUUUUGUCUCUGUAUUUGGAACUGUGGCCAAAAAGCUGAUGCGGAAAUGGCUAGCCACUCAAACAAUGAACUUUACUGGUCAGCUAGGAGCUGGAAUCCGUUACUUUGAUCUUCGAAUUUCCACCAAGCCCCGAGAUCCCGACAAUGAACUCUACUUUGCACAUGGUUUGUUCAGUGCCAAAGUCAAUGAAGGCCUCGAGGAGAUCAAUGCAUUCCUCACAGAUCACCAUAAGGAAGUAGUAUUCUUGGACUUCAACCAUUUUUAUGGGAUGCAGAAAUAUCACCAUGAAAAACUGGUCCAAAUGCUGAAAGACAUCUAUGGCAACAAAAUGUGCCCAGCAAUUUUCGCCCAGGAAGUUAGUUUAAAGUACCUGUGGGAGAAGGACUAUCAAGUGCUGGUCUUCUACCACAGUCCAGUGGCUCUGGAGGUCCCCUUUCUUUGGCCUGGACAGAUGAUGCCAGCACCCUGGGCCAACACCACAGACCCUGAAAAACUGAUCCAGUUUCUUCAGGCAUCCAUCACAGAGAGAAGAAAGAAGGGCUCGUUUUUUAUAUCUCAGGUGGUGCUGACCCCCAAAGCUAGCACUGUGGUCAAAGGUGUGGCAAGUGGCCUCAGAGAAACAAUCACAGAACGAGCUCUUCCUGCCAUGAUGCAGUGGGUCCGCACACAGAAGCCAGGAGAGAGUGGCAUCAAUAUUGUCACUGCCGACUUUGUAGAACUCGGUGAUUUUAUCAGCACUGUCAUAAAGCUCAACUAUGUCUUUGAUGAAGGAGAAGCCAACACUUGA